UCUCUCUCUCAAGAGAUGGGGAGAGCACCUUGUUGUGAUAAAAAUGGAUUGAAGAAAGGUCCAUGGACACCAGAAGAAGAUCAGAAGCUAAUUGAUUAUAUUCAGAAACAUGGCCAUGGAAGUUGGAGAACUCUUCCCAAGAAUGCAGGGCUUCAGAGGUGUGGAAAGAGUUGUCGACUUCGUUGGACUAACUACCUGAGACCUGAUAUCAAGAGAGGAAGGUUCUCCUUUGAAGAAGAAGAAACCAUAAUUCAACUUCACAGUAUUUUGGGUAACAAGUGGUCUGCAAUUGCUGCUCGGUUACCGGGUAGGACAGAUAAUGAAAUCAAGAAUUACUGGAACACUCACAUUAGAAAGAGGCUUCUUAGAAUGGGAAUUGAUCCAGUAACUCAUAGCCCAAGACUUGAUCUUCUUGAUCUCUCUUCCCUUCUUAGUUCACCUCUCUACAACCAAUCUCAAUUGAAUGUGUCUAGAAUGCUUGGAAUUCAACCUUUUAUCCAUCCUGAGCUUCUAAGGUUUGCUACCACUCUCUUUUCAUCCCAAACUGACAACAACAACCUUGAUCUUCAUCUUCUACAAAAUCUCCAUGAAAACAAUCAACUCUGCAACUCCCAAGUUCAAACCCAGUUCCCUUCUUUCACUUCUAAUCCACUCCAAACCCCAAUUCAAGAAAACCCUUCUUGCACAACCUCCACAGCUCCUUGCCCUCCUCAGUUUCUGAAUGAAACCCAACUCUUGCAGACCAAUGUAGACCAGUUUCCAUCAAAUCCAACCAGCUUUAGCUGCCAUGAUUCCCAAACCAGUACUUGGCAAGAUAAUGUUGUUGUCCCUUCUAAUUUGACAGAUAAUUUGAUUCCCAUUUCCAAUUAUGGCUACUACAGUUCUGAUCAAUCCUUUGGGGACCCUUUAUCUGAAAACUCGAAUCUACAAUCCGAUAGCAAUUGCAACAACCAGGAUUUGAUCUUCUCUUCCGUCCUAUCUACACCUUCAUCACCAAAUCCAACUCCUUUGAAUUCAUCAUCUACAUACAUCAACAGCAGCACUGAAGAUGAAAGGGAUAGUUAUUGUAGUAACAUGUUGAAGUUCGAAAUCCCUGAUAUCUUCGACGUCAAUGAAUUCAUGUGAUCAGAUGUCAAGGCUCAAGAAGAA